UAAAUAUUGAAAUACUAGUUCGACAGCUUCUGGUAAAAAACUUCCUGGUUAUUACAGCGAGAAGAUGACUUCGCCAUGGAGACACUAGUUGCGAACAGUAAAAAAACGCAGAUAUUGGUUUUUUUCUGCGUUUUACUUUGCGGAUUAACACGGCUGACAAAUGGGUUAACAUGUGCAGAGGAUGGAGAAGGACGACUCGUGGUAGCCGCUGGGAGCUCAUGCAACCUACACCCUGGAGUGCACGUUUUCAAUGAUAUUAAUAUCGAUGGGACAGUAUGGUUUCUAAGUGACCAGCUGGACACUGGACAUAUCGUUAGUCUUCGGUCCACGGGGUCAUUGACCAUAGGAAGGACAGGCAAAGUGCUAUCCUCCGGCCAGGGAUACGCUGCCGGGAGCGGCAGGGGCGGGGGCACGUCCUCGGGAUCUGGUGGUUCCUAUGGAGGAAGAGGUGGAAGCUCUGCAAACAUUUUUCUCUCCUCAAAUGAAGCAGUCGCGUAUGGCAGUACGGUUGCGCCAUUAAAAUAUGGCAGCGGGGGUGGUGGCGUCGGUGGGGGAAAUGGCGGUGGCGUCAUUCACUUGUCUGCCAACACUACCAUAACAAUUGACGGCACGGUAGCAGCUGAUGGGCAAGACGCCAAGGAUCCAGUAUCUGGAGGUGGGAGCGGAGGCAGCAUUUUCAUUGAAGCUCCAACCAUUUCUGGAACUGGACGCAUAUCUGCAGUUGGUGGCAGCGGUGGGAUGAGCGGUGGCGGCGGCGGAGGAGGAGGCCGUAUAGCCCUUAAGUAUGCAACCACUACCUCGCAGUACCAUGGUUUCAAAUUCGCCUAUGGAGGUCUAGGAGGCAACGCAACCCAGGUGUUAGCGACAUCAACGACAACCGGUUCAUCCUAUUACUCAUCCUCGACUACCUAUACUUAUGGCGAUCUCACUCGACAUUCUGGACAAUAUUGGCGUCCUCGGUCAUAUUCUGGUGAAUACUUAGAGACCCGGUUUGCCCAACCAAUGUAUAUGACUUCCAUAGAAACCCGUGGUUACACAUCUGGAUCAUUGUUGGGUUAUGUAACUAGAUAUUACCUGAUGUACCGAGAUGCAAACACGGGAAGCUGGCAGGAAUAUAAGGAACAAAGCGGUGACACAAGAAUACCAUUUGAAGGGAAUACGGACGGUAGCAAUAUAAAGAUUCAACAGUUCCCCCAUCCGGUCUUCGCCAGCGCUGUCAGGAUAUACCCAACUAAUUACAGAAAUUAUAUCUUUUUGGCAGUACGGUACAGUGGUUACCAGAAAGCUGACGACUCCAUCAUAACGGGAACUACAUGCUCCAAUCAAGACAAAGGUGAACCAGGAGGUGCUGGCACUGUGGCAGAGUAUCAGCCUGGAAGCGGAAUUGGUGAAAUACGGAUUGAUAACGCUGGGAAAUCCGUCUUUGUAAAAAGAACCCCGGAUUGCAGCAGACCAACACCAGAUGUAUCAGGCGGCGCAACUUGGAUAGUCGAAGAUUCAACAGACCAAGCAUUCGAAAUCAUUCGUCUCAUGAACGGCGCACAUGUCGUUCUGGCACAAAAUUCAAUGGAUGCAUCGCUCAUCACAGCCGACGACACUUCUGCGUUUUACGUUACUGGAACAAGCACGCUACGACUGGGCAAUGAAUUGUCCGCGCGCACCUUCGUGUACGAGAGGGCGAGCAUUGAACUAGUUGGCGAUCCUACUCACAUAAUUAAUGGAGAUGUAAAAUUCUGGGGUAGAUUAAUAGAUGGUCACACCCAUAAUCUCCAAAUUGGUAAAAAUGGACUAUCUAGUUCGCAGUCCCGAACAGUUGAACUGGUGUCAACAAGUGAUCAAACCGUUGUACUUCAGAGCCUGGAGCUGAAACCUUACACGCGUUUUGUUCUGGGGGCAUCUUCCGCGCCAGGGUCCUGUGGAUACAGCUUAAAUAUCGCAAGCAGUUCUAACGACAUGACCGUUCUCGAGACUAAUUCUGAUUUGAAUGUUGCCUGCAAUACUUCGGUCAACACAGAACAGAUGCACAUCCGUGGCCGUUUCCAAACCAACACAUUUCACUUUCAGGGUAAUGUUUUCCAUACAUAUGCUCAUAGCAAUGUAACAGUACUUACCCAAGAUGUAACGUCAAUGAAUGCCCAAGAAGUGAACAUUGGCGGUUACUUUCAAGUAGAUAUCCUUAAUACAGAGAACUGGUCCAAAUUUACAGUUGGACCCUCUGGUAAUGUCAGAUUCACGCCAGCAACACAAGAUGAACAUCUUGGUCGAGAAAUCAGUAUUCUGGGCACGCUGAGACUCGGGUCGGAACUAAACAUUUUGUUACCAUGUGAUAGUUUCGCGAUUGAAGCUGGUGGGUCGCUCUCGUGGAAUGGAAAUGGUGUAACAACCCUUGAUUGCAUUAAGGUGACCAUAAAUGGUGUCUUCCGUCCAAGUGGUCCUUUAGAAUUCGGCUCAAGAACAAGUGCCCUGCAGGUGGGCCCGGUUGGACAGUUUUCCGUCACAGCUAAAGGACCAAUCGCCAGUGAUAGCGUGUCAAUUGCAGGUACCAUGGUAGUCAGAAAUAAAGUUAUAUUUACGAGUAAGAACCAUGCCGACAGGGUCCACACGUUUAUCAUUCAUAGUUCAGAAGCACAUGCCGAUAACGGUAAGCUGUAUCUCGACUCGCAAAAUAGCCAAAUGUUUCCGGCAACAAAUGUUUCAGGAAAUGUCUCGACAGAUACAUUUGACUACAAUAUCAUAAGAGCAGUAGACGUGGUAAUAGAUGGUCUGCUGGACGGAAAAGACCUUUCCGUUGGAGAAGAAUGGGACUCGUUGACAGUUGGCAGGACUGGCAAUUUUACAUUUACCGCAGUAGGAACUUUUUACUGUCCAAUGAAUAUAAUUGCAGGAAGCAUGACAGUUUUAAAUCCAAUCACAAUGAGGGGUGGCCGUAGCAAAGUGGCAGUCGUAUUGCUUCGAGUAAACUCAACUGGGCGCCUAAUUUUAGAUGAGCCAGGGCAAAAUAACCACUCCUGGUCGAAUAUAUCCAACAUAGCAGCCCACCAGGUCAUUGUAGAAGGUACAUUCAAGGCAGGUGCCCUUCAGGUAGAUAACUCGGAACACGUUAGACCGGGUUGGGAUGAACUGAACAUUGCGUCUGCGGGAGGCAUCUUCAGUUUUGAACCUGUAAGUGACUUUGUGGCCAACACCAUUACUGUUCACGGAAAAAUGGUUACAUUCACGCCCGUCAGGAUAAGGAGUAAACUUCCUGAAAAGGAACAUGAAGUACUGUUUUACAUUGCCGAAACUGGCGUAGUCAGACUUGAUACCAACGGAGGUGCUGAAGAUGCACCGCGUAACGUGUCGUCUAUUCUGCGAGCAUACAGCCUUACAGUUAAAGGGACAUUCCACGGAGCGUAUCUUAGCAUCGCUGAUGGAAUUUCCGAUCUAAACGUCUUGACCCCAGGGCUAUUCACUUUUUACCCAAACGGCACUUAUAAAAUCGAUCGAUUUAUCAUCAAUGGGACCGUGAAAUCCUUCAAACCCUUGACGCUCACAUUCAAGCCAUUACCUCUGAAUGCCACAUCGGACAUGGGAGGUCUUCUUAAUAUCCACCAGGGUGGAGUGCUGGAUGCAGAAUCGAGAGGGACGCCCAUUGCACAGAGUAAGGGAGCUGCUAGUUCAGUUUUAUUGCUCCACAGGAUUACAGUGGCAGGAACGUUGCGAGCAGGUUCUCUAGAUAUCACAACAACGUAUGUGACUGUGAGCAGCGGCGGUGUCAUAGACGUCAGUGGCGGCGGUUCAUUGCCAAACGAAGGUCCAGGUGCUGGGAUGCCUUUGGUCUCGGGGUCCUCAGGCGGGAGCCACGGAGGCCGUGGAGGAAGAGGGGCUGGAGCCUUGGCCCAGAACCUACCCUAUGCUAGCAUAUAUGAGUUGGGUAUUUGGGGUAGCGGCGGAGGCGGUUCCAUUGGCGGCGGAAGAGGUGGAGGCCGUAUGAAGAUGUCCAUUACUGGCAGUUUGGUCCUUGAUGGUGCACUUUCUAUGAAUGGGGACAGUGCUACGGCCAAUGAAGCUGGGGGUGGUAGCGCAGGAUCUUUAUGGCUCAACGCAUCUCAUUUCACCGGCGGAGGUCGUAUAAAUUGUAAUGGAGGUGCCGGGCACGUCAAAGGUGGUGGCGGCGCGGGAGGAGUUGUGGUGGUACACAUGAGGUCUGGUGAUUUUAAAACAGGGAAUGUCUAUUCAAAAGGUGGAACAGGUUAUGAGGCAGGGGGUCCAGGAAUCACGUAUUUUUACUGCAUAACACCGCACAACAAAAUUUUACGAGUCGACAACAGGUGUCAGCUACCAAAGGUUACCAUGCCAAAUGGGGUGUCAGAAAAUGGUUACAGGGCAGCUGCAGAAGACUAUGCAAAGUACAUGGAAACAGGUGGCAUUGCAUAUCUUAUACCUCCUAGAGAUGACUUUGAAUUUGACUUCACUUUAGUGGAGGUGUAUGGUGGUUCUCAUCUCACAUUCACUGGCAACAAAACCACAGUAACCACUGUAGAAACCUCAGGAGAUGACACUGGCUAUAUACACAUAGCACCUUAUCAUGUGUUGAAUAUUACAGAGAUUUCACCCUAUAAGCGUGCUAACAUAACCUGGGCUCCAUAUGUAUAUGAGUCAGCCACUCUUAGCCUGCCUUCUGCUACAGUGGAAUGGAGGGGUCCUUAUGAUGAAGGUACAUGUCCAACAAAUGUGCUGCUUACAAAGUCCAUUAACAUAUGGGGAAAUCUGAUAGGACACAGGACUCACAUGUUGGUUGGAACAGGUGGAACACUGCGUUUCCAGCUAGCCAGCCCUAGAACAAUUCAGUUUGCUGAGGUAUCAGUGCAAGAUGGAGGUUUGCUGGAGUUUGUCAGUAGUUAUGGAAACAGUCAAGAUAUCUGGGAUUUGAAAGUUGUCCCUUUGCCAGGAGAAGGCAAGCGAAGUGGUACCCUGACAGUGGAGGGAGGGGGCACAGUAAAGGGGUCUGUGUUGAGGAUUUCGGCAGUCUCUGUGGUAGUGGAUGCAUAUGGUCAUCUACACACUGAUGGUGCUGGCCUGAUAGAUGGACAAGGAGCUGGGACUGGUAGGGCAGGAGGAGGGUAUGGAGGCCAUAGUGGACAGGGAAACCCAGUUUCAUCUAUGGCAGGUGCUGUUUAUGGAUCCAUUUACAAGCCAGAGGAUUUUGGCAGUGGAGGAGGUGGGGCUACCAAUUCAUCAGGAAAAGGUGGUGGUAUACUUUACCUGUCUGUGAGUGAACUUCUGCUAGUAGAAGGUACAGUCAGUAGCAGUGGUCAGCCUGGAGGAAACACUGUAGGUGGAGGAAGUGGAGGUAGCAUUACGAUUUCAACACAAGAACUCAAAGGAUAUGGAACCAUAAGGGCCAAUGGCGGCAGUGGAGGAAGCAGUGCCGGUGGAGGUUCAGGCGGGAGAGUGGCUGUUUACUGGAACAAGCGGGACUGGUGGUUAGGCAGGACACAGUCUUAUGGAGGAUCAGGACACAGUAUAGGUGGAGCUGGUACAGUGUACAUGCAGGAUCGUACAGAGCAUGUGCUGAAUAGAUCCUUAACAAUUGCCAAUAACAAUAGGCAGCCUCCAGAGCCAUAUAUCUCAGACUAUGCAACAUUUGAGAUGGACUCUAGCAGAACUUGGUUAUAUGACAACCAGACAGAGGUGAUAGAGGAGCUGCAUGUCAUUGAAGGAGCCCAUCUAGCUGUGCAUCCUAAUGUUACCAAUCACAUCAAAUCAUUCAAGUUCAUUGGAGACCGCACUGGCUGGAUCCAUGUAGGUCCUGGCCAGAACUUGGUCAGUCAGUUUGCUGACCAGUCCGAGUUUGAGAUCAAUGUGUAUGUCCAUGAAGGAGGCACCUUCAUUCUGCCACCCUCCUUUGGAUGCUAUAAUGUCACCAUUAUUGUAAGGGGCGUUCUUGGUGUGGAAGACAUAUUUGUUGGUGAUGGCUGUAAGCUGUUGUUCAGUAACACCGGUACCACAAGAACAGCGUACCAUGUGUAUCAGCCUGGGGUGUAUGUAUUCAACACCCUGACUGUAGGACAUGGCGGGGAGGUCGCCAUGAUGGACGGAAUACCAGAGAUGAAUAGAAAUGUUACAAUUAAUGCAAGUGAAAUCUACAUCAAAGCAGGUGGUCAUGUUCAUGGAGUCCAUGUAAAUAUUACUGCUAAGAACUUGACAGUGGAUGCCGAGGGACGGGUCAUAGGAGAUCUCCACAAUAUUCUGUGUCCAGAAGGAUAUGGCAUUAAUACUGCAAGUGGGGGAGCUUCAGGUGCUGGACAUGGCGGCCGAGGAGGGCGUGGCACAGGACAGAGAAAGACAGGAGCAGCCUACGGAGACCUCUUUGAGCCGUACACCAGAGGCUGUGAGGGUGGCACCAGAGGGAGCUAUGUGCCAGGACAGGGAGGAGGCACCGUGGUUCUCAGGGUCAUGGAGACACUGAAGAUAGAUGGAGAGAUCAGUGCUAGUGGUGGUUCUGGAGCUGGAUAUAGUGGUGGUGGAAGUGGUGGAUCCAUUAACAUUGAAACCAAUUUGAUGCAGGGUUUUGGCAAGGUGGCAGUAAAUGGUGGAGACAGCCCAUCAGGAGGGGGAGGAGGUGCAGGAGGGAGGAUAGCGGUUUAUUUUGCUCAGAACAGAACUUUCUCGGGUAAUUUCCAGGCACAUGGUGGACAGGGUGGUGCAAAUGGUGGCAGUGAUGGUGGGCCAGGGACCAUGUUCUUCUAUCACACAGUAUACAACCACACCACCUUAAUGAUCAACAAUGCUGGCCGGGGUCCUGCAGUAGAUGAAGUGGAGGUGAUUGCAUCCUAUGAUGACAUCUCAGAGGAUGAGGGCAGAGCUUGGUUCCUACCACAUCAUGGGAGACAUGAGUUUGCUGGUCACAACAAUGAAUACUACUUUGAUGAACUCCAAAUCUGGGGCCGUGCUCAGCUGGCCGUUCUGACCGAACCGCCAGACACUGCAGCCACAGUUUUCUUUGCCAACAUGAUCGGGGACAGAUCUGGAACAAUUCACAUCAGCAACAACCAAACCAUGGACCUUGAGAGGCCACAGAUAGACCUGCCAUUCAAUGUCCAUGUUUACAACAAUGGUUUCCUAGGCCUGGCACCAGACACCGUAGUCCACGGUGUAACUAUAUUUCAUAAUGGAACACUAGCCUAUGUCAAUAACCUGACCUUACACCAUGGUGGCAAGCUCCUACUGAGAAGAGAGGGAAGAACACUCGGCAGAGAUCCAGGAUACUAUGAUUUUUACAGCGUUCAUGUUCAAACUGAUGGGUACAUAGAAAUGAUUUCAAGACCUGUUCAAGAUGUCGGGAUUGUCUUUAACGUCACCACUCUCCAUGUGGAUGGGGGAGGGCUUGUGCGCGGCACACACAUGUACGUUUUUGCGGAGAACAUAACCAUAGACUCUGGAGGCUCCAUGGAAGCCAAUGGUCAGGGAUACAGUGUGGCUGAUGGCCUAAGUAAAUGGGCCAAUGGCAGCUAUAGGACAGGGCAGCAUGGCAUCAUCAACCCUGGCUUAGGAUAUUCUGUAGGAUACAGUUCAUCUGGAGCAGGGCAUGGGGGAAGUGGUGGACAUGGUCAAGGAGUCCCACGCACUGGAUCACCAUACAACGAUCUGUAUGAACCAGAGAAUUUUGGCAGUGCAGGGGGUGGUGAAACAGGAGGACCUGGAGGAGGUUACAUAUGGUUCAAUGUGACAGACACAAUCUCAAUAGAUGGCGUUGUAUCUGCCAACGGCGCUGAUGGUGACACCAAGGGAUACCACACAGGUGGUGGAGGAAGUGGUGGCAGUAUCUGGAUGCACUGUUAUCGAAUAACGGGUUAUGGACAAAUCACCGUCAAUGGUGGUGACGGUGUCUCAACAAGCCUUGGGAAAAGUGGUGGUGGUGCAGGUGGAAGAUUGGCUUUGUAUUUUCAAGUGAAUGAAACUUUCAGUGCCUUUAAGUACUAUUCUUAUGGUGGGGCACCUGGUUCUGGAUGUACUACAUGUGAAAGUGGUGGCCCUGGAACUGUGUUUCUCUACCACAUGGUUCAGAACCAUACCACUCUGUUGGUUGACAAUCAUAAUAAUCCACAUCCACUGACCAACAGCAUUGACUGGGAUAAUAUUGAGAAGGAUGGCUGUAGAGCUUGGAUACUGCCACUGUCUGGAGUCCAUUCCUUUGCUGCUGGACAAAACCUGUAUCAUUUUGAUGAGCUGCAGAUUUAUGGUAAUGCACACCUUGCUGUGCUGACACCAACUGAAACCUUGAAUAAUGAUUCCCUGUAUGUCAUUGAACCAGAGAACUCCUUGACUUCAUUUGUAUCAACCAAGCCAUAUGUUGUUAGUCUGUUUUUCCGUUACAUGAUUGGGGACAGAACAGGCACAGUUCAUAUAGCAUCCCAGCAACACAUGGACUUGUUGAGAGGAGAUAUCGACCUUCCUUACAAUGCCCAUGUUUAUUUUAAUGGUCACCUUGGUUUGGCAUCCCGUACUGUGGUGCAUGGUGUUUACAUCCACAUGGCUGGUGUCCUGGCCAACGUGAUUAACAUAACCCUGCAUCAUGGCGGAUACUUUUGGAUGCAGCAUGGUGGACGGACAAGUGACCAAGAGUACUCACAUUACAAGUUUGAUACAGUAAGAAUUCAGGACAAAUCUACAGUUUAUGCGAGAACUGAUCCAAUCCUGGACCCUGGCAUUAACCUGGAAACCAGGGCCAUAUUUGUAGAAGGUGGUGGUCUGUUGCACGGUACCAAACUUAUUAUGCUGUCCGAAAACAUCACUGUUGAUGCUGGGGGGAAAAUUGCUGUAGACGGUUUGGGGUACAACUCAACACACACUAAUGCCACCCAUGGUCAUCUGUCUUUACAUGGAGAUGUUAACAUGGGUCUUCCUAGUUCCAGUAUUGGCCAAGGAUCUGGAGGGGGCCAUGGCGGGAGUGGAGGCAGAGGUAGCAGAGGAUCGGGAGGAGGGUUACCCUAUGGAGACCUGUAUGAGCCUCUGGUAUUUGGUAGUGCUGGUGGAUUAGGACUGACUAGUGACCAACAGGGAGGUUCAGGGGGUGGAAUGAUCUGGAUGAAUGUAACAGGGACUAUUUUUAUUGAUGGUGAAGUGUCAGCAAAUGGCGGAGAUGCAGAGGUCAACUCUGGUGGUGGUGGAGGUAGUGGAGGAAGUAUCUGGAUGUACUGUAAUAUCAUCAAGGGCUAUGGGAGAUUAUCAGCUAAUGGUGGGUAUGGGUCCAAGCAUUCUUCAUACCCAGGUGGAGGAGGAGCUGGAGGAAGGGUGGCCAUUUACUUUGUGAAAAAUGAGACCAUGUCUGGAUUCCGUUACACGGCCUAUGGUGGCCAUGCUGGAGGGGCCAAAGCAGAACAUGGAGGUGCAGGCACAGCUUUUAUCUAUCACAUGGUUUACGAACACAGAACACUGAUCAUUGACAAUAAUGGGUUGUAUCCAAGAGAUCCAAACAACUUUCAUGUCAUUUCUGAUUAUGGUGAUAUCACACAGGAUGGGUGUAGAACAUGGAUACUCCAUAAGUCUGGCUAUCAUUGGCUGGCUGCAGGACACCACAAUUAUCAUUUUGAAGAAAUUCAAAUGUAUGGAGGGGCACAUCUUGCAUACCUAACAGAAACUGUGGAUAGAAAAACCUCUUUGUUUUUCCUAAACAUGAUAGGGGACCGUUCAGGGACUGUUCACAUUGCAUUUAACCAAACAAUGGACUUGGAGAGACCAGAGAUAGAUCUACCUUUCAGUGUAAGAGUAUACAGAGGUGGAUAUCUGGGCCUUGCACCUGACACUAUCAUUCAUAAUGUCAGCAUUUGGCUGCAUGGUGUUCUGGCUCACAUCCAGAAUGCUACAUUACAUCAUAAUGGGCUACUUUCCUUGGAGGAAGGAGGAAGAACAGAGGGUGCAGAGUACAGUAACUACUGGUUCAAUGUUGUGAGAAUUCAGGACAACUCCACGAUAGAAGCAACAACAGACCCUGUCUUGGAUGUAGGCAUAUUCUUCCAUGUUACUGAUAUGUCCAUUGAGGGUGGGGGAACGUUCCAUGGGACAAAAGUGACAGUGAAUGCUGUGAACAUCACCAUAGAUGAUGGAGGUUUUAUGAAUGCUGAUGCUGAAGGAUUCCGCCCAACAGAUCCUCAAAAUCUGUCCCAGAUGGUAAACAUAGGCUUAGGUCAUAGUCAUCCCUCGGGUUCAUCAGGGGGCUCUCACGGUGGCACCAGUGGCAGAGGACAUGGUCAGGCAAGGACUGGGACACCAUAUGGGGAUCUGUAUGAGCCCCUAACACUAGGUAGUGCAGGAGGUGGAGGUUUAGGUUCAGGCGGCAGAGGAGGAGGCACCAUCUGGUUUAAUGUGACUGACACCAUCCAGAUUGAUGGAAUUGUGGGUGCUGAUGGUGGAACUGCCCAGGCUAGUUCUGGUGGAGGCGGAAGUGGUGGCAGCAUAUGGAUGCAUUGUAAACUGCUGAAAGGAAGGGGUAGAGUAACUGCCAAUGGAGGUAGUCAGUUCUUGAAUGGCAAUGGUGGCGCUGGUGCUGGUGGGAGAGUAGCCAUAUAUUUUCAGGAAAAUGCCACUUUCAUUGGAAAAUUUGAAGCCCAUGGUGGAAGUGUCACUCACAGAGCCAAUGUGAAUGUUGAACCAGGAGGACCUGGGACAGUGUUCUUGUACCACAUGGAAUAUGACCAUACUACUCUCCUCAUUGAAAAUGCUGGACUGGAAAGCAAGCACUGGGAUAUUAUAAGAAAUUAUUCUGAUAUUUCAACAGACAGUUUCAAGGCAUGGGUUCUUCCUCAGUCUUCUCAGCAUGAUUUUGCUGGUAAAGGAGGACUUUUUCACUUUGAUGAACUCCAAAUUUAUGGCAAUGCUCAUUUUGCUAUCAUGACUGAUCCCCCUGAUAGUAGUGCCUCUUUGCACUUCAGGCACAUGAUUGGCGAUCGCACUGGGAAUAUUCAUGUUGGACCAAAUCAAAUUAUGGAUCUGAGAAGAGAUUUCAUUGACACGCCCUUUAGUUCCUUUGUAUAUGAGAAAGGAUACCUAGGCCUGGCCCCAAUGACAGAAUUAAAUAAAGUGUUUGUGUAUCUAGCAGGCACCUUAGAUCAUGUUAUCAACAUGACCUUAGUCAAUGGAGGUGCCUUAAAAUUACAGCUCACAGGGUCCACCAGUAAUAGACCGGCUCUCAACUAUGUCUUCAAUGGCACCACUGUGGUCAAGGCAAGGUCGGUCAUUAAUGCCAGCAGCCCAUUUGCUGACCACCGUCAGUACAACCUGAGUUUUGGUGCCCUGGUGGUGGAAGGUGGGGGCCUGAUCAAUGGGAAGUACAUGUUGAUUGAUGCUACCUACUUGACGGUGGAUGAUGCUGGAACUAUUGAUGUCAGUGAUGGAGGGUUUCUGGCUGGAAAUGGUAGAGCUCCAGGUGUAUAUCAUCGUCUGGGUUCCAGUGGGGCCUCACAUGGUGGUAUGGGUGGACGAGGAGGCUGUGGAGGGUUCCAGACUUGUCGUCUCAAGAGAAACUUACCCUAUGGUGACCUGUACUAUCCCAGAGACUUUGGCAGUGGAGGAAUACAUGAGAGAGCUGGCAUAGGUGGAGGAAUCUUGGAGAUCCAUGUGUCAAAGGUUUUGAAAGUUGAUGGUUACAUAUUGUCUAACAGCAGAAAUGUCACUGGCAGUGCCAGUGGGGCAGCAGGCGGCAGUGGAGGCAGCAUACUUAUCUUUACAGCAAAUUUCACUGGUGGCCACACUGGUGCCAUCCAGGCACUGGGAGGUGCCGCAGGUAACCAAGGAGGAAGUGGUGCCGGUGGUCGGAUCGCCAUCUACCAUGACACCCACAUAACCCACAGACCCUACGGGGGCAGUAUUGAUGUAUUCGGAGGUCCAGUAGGGUUAGGACUUGGACCUGAAGCAGGUGCAUCUGGCACUGUCUACAUUCAGGAUAUUGGUACAGGAAAGACUACACUCAAAGUCGAUAACGUAGGAAGGAAGCCACUAGAUGAUGAGAUACACAAUAUUGGGCAUAGAUUGGAUCUCAGCAUCAAACCAUCUCAGUACAGCAAGUCAAACACUUUUUCAACAGGGGAUGGGUUUACAGUUACUUCAUCAGCUGCUAUUUAUAACCGAAACUGCUGGGGAUGUCUGCCAAAUGAUGCCACCAGUUAUCUUUUGGCUUAUUUGUUUGAUCAGACUUUGUCAAGCAGUGACAUGCAUCAAUAUUUCCUGGUGUAUUCUAGGAGCACAACUGUUACAGUGACACUGAACACCACACAUUUCCUCAACAGAGUUAGAGUAUUUCCAAACUGUGCAUUUCCAUCCAGAUUUCAGGUCAGAGCCAAGAGAGGCAGUACAUCCUUUGCCAUCACCACAGCCUAUGUUGUAGCCUCUCCUUGUACCCAGGGGGCGUACUUGGACCUCGAGGUCCGUGCCAGUGUUGACACAGUGUACAUAGAUGUACAGAGUACUAGGAGUUCAGGAGAUGCAUAUGCUUCACUGUCUCAGGUGGAAAUAUUUGUCAAUGGAGAGAAUGUAUAUGACAGGUACAAAUACAGGGAGCUUGACAGUGCUAAGACAUGGAUAGAGGCCGAGUCGGGGACAAACUUCCACCUCUUUCAUGACCUGCACAUCCUUGGAGGUGCUCAGCUGGCCUUGAUGGCAGAUGGAACAUUACAGACACCUGUGAAUAUAGAUGUUGGAGAACUGCAUGGUGAUACCACAGGUUUUAAACAUGUUGGUUAUAACCAGAAUUUGAAGAUGAAUGUGACAGCACCAGACAUCUCAUUCAACACACAUGUCUAUGAGUCUGGGAAAGCCAAAUAUCCCCCAAGAGUUUUCUUCUUUAAAACAUCACUGUAUUCUUCUGGACAGGUAACUGGCAUUGAAGACCUGUUUGUUUUCCAACAUGGACGCGUAGUCUUGGAUUCUAACUCAAGUAUUGGAGAAACCUCUAAGCCUGGAGAGUUCCGCUUAUCUUCUCUACAUGUCCAAGAUCAAGGAACAUUUGAGAUGUACACAAACAGCUUAGAAAACAGCUUCUAUUUGGAAACAACCAACACAACGGUGUAUGGUGGAGGACACUUCAAAGUGUUAUCUAAACUAAAUAUAUCUGCUUCUCACUUGUUGGCUGUGUAUUCUGGAGGCAUGGUUAAUCUGGAUCAUGGUGGCGUACAUGAAUUGAUGGACCUGGAUAGACAUGCUGGACAGGGACAUGGUGGCAGCACAGGUGGUAGUGGAGGUGGACAUGGUGGCAGUGGAGGGCGGGGAAGAGGAAACCCAAAUGUUGGUUUGGCACAUGACUCAAUAUAUGAACCUGCAGACUUUGGUACUAAUGGAGGACAUGGGCGGGACAAAGGUACUCUAAGAUUUGGAAAGUCUCCAUACAGGAACACAUUGGAAUAUCUAGGCUAUGGAGGAUCUGGUGGAGGCUCUCUAUAUAUUCAAACAAGACACUUCAUUUUGGAUGGUAAAAUCUCUGUGAAUGGAGAGACAGUCAGCUAUGAAGAUGCAGGUGGUGGCUCCGGAGGAAGUAUCUGGAUUGACUGUGAAGAAUUGGAUGGUUAUGGCUAUAUGUCUGCUAAUGGAGGAUCAGGAGUUAACUAUGGGGGAGGGGGAGCAGGCGGCAGAAUUGCUGUCUACUAUGAAAACAUUAAGAGAUUUAAUGGGACAAUUUCCGCUCAUGGAGGCGCAAGUGCUUAUGAGACUGGAGGUGCAGGCACAAUUUAUCUGGAAAAAUACAACAGAUCCAGCAGGGCAGUUCUCUACAAAACCCUGAAAGUGGACAACUAUAAACAACCCUACCCACAUGCUCAAGUAUAUGAGAAUGGCAACCUCAGAGGUAUACAUGAUGGAGACUACAGGGAUAUCAGCACAGUCGGAGGGGUCACGUGGUUGGAGCAUUAUAGUAAUAACUAUGGAUUUGAUGAGGUGCUCAUAAAUGGGAAUGCCCACGUUGCUAUUCUCAGUAAUACAUCAGCUGAUGAGGUCACUGUGCGUGCUGGACGGUUGUUAGGUGAUCGCAGUGGAGUGUUGCAUGCUGGGAGGAGACAAGAUUUUGCCUUUUCAGAUUUGGAUAUAUUUCUGCCAGUGAAUGUCUUGGUCUACAGGUAUGGUGCCCUUACUGUCCCCAGUAGAGUACAUAUGCGUGAGGUUUGGAUGGAAGUGAAUGGAACUCUGGCCAAUGUUGUGGACAUCUGGAUUGAGAACAGAGCUGAAUUAUACCUGUGGUCAUAUGGUCACUCUUUGGGCCAACUGGACGGCACUUACACUGCUGAAAAUGUGAGCGUCCGAGCUGGCGGCAAACUGGAGAUGCUUACUGUAGAUGGCGCCAACAGAAUGACCCUGCAGCUUAGGAAUAUGGUGGUUAAUGCUGGAGGAUAUGUGAGAACCAAUGACCUGCAUUUUAAGGCAGAGAACCUCACUAUUGACAUGUCUGGUGAUUUCCAUGCUGAUUACUCUGGCUAUGGAGCUGGCCAGGGUCCUGGGAGAGGGCUUGACAUGUCCACUGGUCACUUGGGUGGCUCGGGUGGAGGACAUGGUGGGGCCGGAGGGAGAUCUCUAAGAGGGUUCUACUCAGCCCCAGGGUAUGGCUCUAUGUAUCUUCCCACACAGAAAGGCAGUGGAGGAGGGAGUGCACAGGGAGGAAGAGGAGGGGGUGAGUUUGAUGAUGAUGGAAUAUUGUUAAUGGAGAUAUCUAAGACGCUGCGUGUGGAUGGUCGUCUGCAUGCUAAUGGAGAAGCUGGUCAGAGUUCCACUGGCGGAGGUGGUGCAGGCGGCAGCAUCAUCCUCCGUGUACAGGACUUAGAUGGAAGUGGCACUGUUGAAGUCAAUGGAGGUGUUGCCAGUUCUGGUGGAGGUGGAGGAGGAGGGCGUAUAGCUGUCUAUCACACAGGGCACCAUGUUUUCAUUGGUCAGCUACAGUCAAGGGGCGGAGUAGGUGGAGCUAAGUCUGGUGGACCUGGGACAAUAUACUUCCAAGACAACAGCAAUUCUUCAUCUGUCCUCCGUUCUUUAUUUGUGGACAACGGGCAGUCACCGAAAUACUCCCGGGCUGUGGAAAUUGAAAAACUGGACAUGCAAAUUAAUCCUGAUCCAUAUUACAAUCAACAGAUAAUGUACACACACGGAGGCAUCAAAGUCACUUCCACAGGACCAAUAUUCAGGGAAUAUAUUAGCUCUAACAACUACAGAUAUUACACUAUGAACAAUAUGUUUUCUGGGUCAGGAAUGGACGGCACGAAAUAUUUCCGUUCUACUAGUUCUAAUGUGGAUUUAACCUUUGAACUUCCUCAAGCACUUUACAUUGAUCAUCUGAGGGUUCAUCCUCAGUGUGGUGGACUUGAGACCAACUUCAGAAUCAGUGUAGCUCACGGCCAGACCAGUGUCAUGAAGACCAAUGGCUUUGUCAAUGUCCAGGGCUGUGAGACACAGACCAAACCCAACCAAUAUAUGACAGUGCGAGUGAACCAGUGGGUGGAAGAGGUGGUAGUAUCCCUGUCUGCUCUCCAUGGUUAUGCAGCUCUGAAUGAGUUAGAGAUCUAUGUGAGUGAGGAUCCUGACAGCACAGCCCAGGGCCCUGUUAACAUGGGGGGUCCACAUGCCUGGAUAGUCACUGAAGAUGAACAGGACAGUGAAUACACACUAGAUGAGCUCCACAUCAAUGGAGGCAGUAGACUGAGCAUAACGGGUGACAAUUCCACACUAACUGUCCACUCCAUCAGUGGGGACAAGACUGGUCAACUGACCAUGCGGUCCACUCAGGGCUUCCACACCUCACUGUCCAGAGGGUUGAUGCCAUUCUCUGUGGUGGCAUGGAGGGAUUCUAAUGUCACUCUGCCACCCAGACUAGACUGUAAAAAUGUGGACAUUAGUAUCAAAGGUCAUUUUGGGCCCAUGAACAACCUGACGGUGAGUUCUUACUGCAGAGUCACCUUGGACCACCAGGUUGUCAGCACUACCAGAAUUCAUAACAUUGAUAUCAAGACCUUUGGUGAAAUGGAUGUGGUAACUAACAUGGUGGCAACCACCACUUUGGAAGGUUCCACUCUCCAUAUCAGAAGUGGAGGAAAGUUGAGUUCAAAUGAUUUAGCAUUGCACUUCACCAAUGUAACAAUAGAACCUGAGGGAUACUUGCUGGUGGAUGGUGCAGCACCCAGAACUAUGGCCACAACUGGAGCAGGAGUAGGCACCUGUGCAUCUGGUUCACAGAACAGUAAAGGUUGCUCAGGUGCAGGCCAUGGUAGCACUGGAGGUCUUGGCAGAUCUCAGUCAGCAGUAGGUGGAGCACACGGUUUCUUUGCAAAACCCACCAGUUUUGGAAAAGAUGGCGGCUGGGCUAUUUUCCCUUUCAUAGGUGGCGCUGGUGGUGGUCGUCUGCUGUUGAAUGUGACAGAUACUCUCACUGUAGAUGGAUUUCUUAGAGCAAAUGGUGGUGGAUGGACAUCUGCUCGGUCUGGAGGAGGAAGUGCUGGUAGUAUAUGGAUAGAAGCCCCUACAGUACAUGGGGAUGGUGUAAUAGAGUCCUCAGGAGGAGAUGGAGAUGGACAAAUUGGUGGAGGGGGCUCUGGAGGAAGGAUUGCUGUCUACCAUGUUUAUAAUCAUUAUCUAGGUGAGUUCAGAGCUGUUGGAGGCAAUGGCUAUGAACCCGGUGGACCUGGUACAGUGUAUCUGUACAAACUGGUGCCUGACAAUGAGACAUACUUCCUGGAUGCCACCAGUGAGGAAGCCAGGAUCACACACGAUUCCAAUGUCACCCAGCCCAAAACCAACAGAACUCUAUAUGUCAACAACAUGGGCAGAACACCAUUGAAUCCGGACAGCAAGAAUAUUUCCACAGCAUAUGGAGACAUCACUAAAGCAUCUUCAACAUUAUGGUUGAUGCCAACUGAGCAUUCUGAAAUAUCCAGGAGAAAUACCCCCAGCCAUUCUUUCGAUGAUCAUCUUCUAUUGGAUGAAUUGCAUCUGUAUGGUGGGGCCCAGGUAGGGUUUGUCAACCCAGAAACCCCCCAUGAGCACCUCAGCGUUAGGAUAGGUUCUAUCCACUCUGACCGCAGUGCUAGGAUGCAUGUUGGCUCCAACCAGUCUCUGUAUGUGACCGCUGGGAAGAUACCAAUGAACCUGUUCAUUUACCGUGGUGGUCACUCCUUGAUGCUGGGUGACCUCAGGGUGGCAGGAGUGACCGUCAGUGUGGAGGGGGUGCUUGAGAAUGUGGAGAAUAUGACCAUUGUAGAUGGAGGCACCCUCAACAUUCAUGAAAUGGUGGAUAUUGAUGGAAAGGUCAUUGACAUCGUCAAGUUCCAUACAAUCAACAUCAGAAAUUUUGGCACCAUUCUGGCUCACAAUGGCAAAAACAAGCGUAUCAUGGAGGGGCACCUGCUGCAUGUAUUUGCUGGUGGGAAGCUAAUGUCGGCCUUCAUGGAGUUGAAUGUAGAGAACGUCACAGUUGACGUAAUGGGAAGCAUACACGCAGAUGGCUAUGGCUAUGGUAGUGAAGCUGGACUGGGUGCUGGUCAGACAAAGGGCAGUUAUGGUUCUGGAGGCAGUCAUGGAGGGGAGGGUGGUGCUGUCAACAGUCCACUGUCUAAGGCAUAUGGUUCCUUCACUGAUCCCAGGGAGUUUGGGAGUGGUGGUGGGAGAGGAAAUGUCUACUGUAGAGGUGGCAGUGGUGGUGGUAUCUUGCACCUGAACGUGACUGGUCAGCUCAGAGUUGAAGGUCAGAUCACAGCCAAUGGGGAGGCAGCACCUGUGGGGACUGCCAGUUGUACUGAACACAGUGGUGGAGGCAGUGGAGGAAGCAUGCUCAUCAGGACAAACAAGUUGGAAGGGAUGGGUAGAUUUGAGGUAAAAGGUGGCUCUGGUUACAAUGGAGGCUCAGGUGGUAGAAUGGCAGUGUUUGCCACCAAGAGCUUCUUCAGAGGAGAUUUUGCCACACAUGGAGGAAGAGGAUCGUCAGGAGGAGAGGCAGGAGGCUCUGGGACUUUGUACCACCAACUUGGAGAGAACCAACCUAGAACGUUGAGGAUUUAUAAUUUCUAUGGUAGUGGGUCAAGAAAAACAUGGAUCCCAGUCUCCAAUGACACCAGUAUCCAUGUUGUGGACUUGUUAGACCUUGGUGGCCAUGCCCAUGUUGCCUUGGUACCAGAGCCCUGGGCCCUGGAAUCAGCAUACCUGUGGGUAGGAGAUGUAGCUGGAGACAAGACAGGCUGGUGGGAGGGUCUGGCACAUACACAGCUGGAGAUGGCUUCCAACGCCUCCUCACAUCUGCCUUUUAAUAUAAAUCUUUAUGGGAAUGGCACAGUAUCCCUCCCACAAUUAUGCUACCUGAAAGGUGUGACCCUCAACCUCCAUUCCGGCCUAUUAAAUGGUGUUCAAGAGCUGGACAUUGCCCUCUCAGGAAGGGUGAAUUACUACCCACCGGCCAUGAUCAACUCAGCUGAGGAGAGCGUGGCAGUGCUGGACAGAGUAACAUUGUUAGAAGGUGGCACAUGGAGUUACCAUGGCAGCCCAGAUAUCUCCACUCACUUGGUGAUGAAUGUCACUGGGGCAUUUGUGGUCAGAGGAGGUGGGACAUUGACCACCAACAAGAUGUAUUUGAAAGCCCACACCAUAGAAGUAGAUUACAAUGGUGUGAUAGACUCCAGUGGGCGUGGCAUGGCACCAGGUCAGGGAGUAGGAGCAGGGAUACAGCACAACACUGGGGGUUCAGGAGGCUCCCAUGGGGGUCUGGGUGGGCGUGGUGGAUAUACCCAGCAUGCUGGGCAGUCCUAUGGAGACUAUGAGCAGCCUAUUGAAUACGGGAGUGGAGGGAGCUUUGUGCAAAAUGGAAAGGGUGGUUAUGGUGGUGGUUCACUGCAUCUUGCUGCAGAAAGUCAGAUGUUGGUGGAUGGUGAGGUGACAGCUAGUGGUACUGAUGCUCUCAGUUACUAUAUGGGAGGUGGGGCUGGAGGAAGCAUCUGGAUCUCUGCUGGGAAAUUUUCAGGCAAAGGCACCAUUAGUACCAAUGGAGGAGAUGUCACCAGUAUACCUCACUGUUACCGAUACGACAAAGAACGUAGAUGUCUAGUCUGCAAGGAUUAUUACUACUUUGUCCAGAACAAUUGUAAACAAGGAGGAGGAGGGGGCGGCGGGAGGAUUGCAGUUCACGUCCAGAACCAGUACAUCUUCACAGGCAAAUACCAGUCCUAUGGAGGAAUGAGUGAUGUAGAGAAGGGGGCAGCAGGGACCAUCUUUCUCAGUCAACCCGGUACUGGAACCACCCUAACUGUAGACAACAGGGGGUACACACCACUGUCAACAUACAUCAGUGACGUCAACAGUGACAGUACCAGAACAUACAUUGUCACCAGAGGUAGUCCUAAUGCAACAAUACAUUUUGACAAUGUGGUUCUACUUGGUGGGGCACAUCUGGCAUGGCAACAUGACACAGCUGGUGGGACAGCCGUUGUGUCCAUUGGAAAACUGCAGGGAGACCUCACAGGGUUUUUGCAUUCUUCCCUACAGCAUCCAUUAACUAUUGGUGCAUCUGAUUCCCCAUUCCCAGCUGCCUUCAGGGUGUAUGGAAAUACCUAUAUGAGUUUGCCUGUCAAUACUGACUUGAGAAAUUUAAGAUACAAAGAUAUUUAUGUUGAUGGAGCCAUUGAUGGAGUUCAAAUUCUGACUGUGGGCACAAAUAUCAAUCUGUAUAUUGGAGAGGAGGGCAAAUACUUUGGAUUAGAAAGGAAAGAAUUCAACUUGUACUCGCUGAAUGUCCUUGGGAAUGGUGUCAUUCACUCUGUGUCAACUGCAGCCUAUAGUAAUAAGUUCAUCUUAAGGAAACCAUCCCUUUUGCUUAAUGUAACCAACAGUGUACGACUGCAUCCAGGUGCUGUCAUCAAGGGUAACUGGAUAGAUAUCCGUGCUGAAAGUGUAUGGAUUGAGGCAGCAGGUGCUAUCAAUGUGCGCGGCAUGGCCCCUGCACCACUCUACCCACCAGAGGGGGGUGUCAGCACCUCUAAUGGAGGUGGAUCUGGUGGAGGGCAUGGCGGGGGUGGAGGUCAGGCUACCCACCAAGGUGUCGUGGGUGGUCCACACGGUUCCCUGUACCAGCCCGCAGACUUUGGCACCAGUGGUGGCAAUGGUGGUGGUCUCAGCCACGGUGCCUGUCCUCAAAGUCACACUGGAGGUCAGGGAGGAGGGGUCAUCCAUGUUACUUGUGACACGUUUGAAUUGGAUGGUGACCUGGUUGCUGAUGGUACAACUGGUAGGGGUUAUCAUGGUGGCUCUGGUUACCAGGCUGGAGGUGGAAGUGGUGGGAGCAUUUUCAUCCAGGCUGACACCUUCAAAGGCUCAGGAAUGUUAUCAGUUCGUGGUGGCUCUGUGCCUGAGUAUACAAGUGCUGCUUGUGUGGGUGGUGGGGGCGGAGGAGGAAGAAUUGCCAUCCACCACACCAACAACACCUUUGCUGGUACUAUCCAGGCAACAGGGGGAAAGAGCUCCUAUGAACCAGGUGGCGCUGGCACCAUUCUGUUCAGAGACUUGACCACUGGCGGUGAUUCUAUACUUAUUGAUAAUGAUAAUGUGGGAACACCGAGGUCCUCUAUUGUUCAGUUUGAGCUUCUAGCUGAUGACCACAAAGGGGAGGACAGUUACAGAACUUGGUUGUUUGAUACAGCGGACUCACACUCCCAUAGAUUUGAGUCGGUUGAGAUCAGGGGUGGGGCACAUCUAGCCCUCUAUAGGACAAUCUUCAAUACAUUUAGACAGUACAUGUAUGUUGGGAAAUCACUUGGUGAUAAGACUGGUCUUUUCCAUGUGGGGCCAUUGCAGGAACUAGAAAUCAGCCUUCCAACAGAAACACCUGACUUGAAAUAUGGCCUACAUGUAUAUCAGAAUGGCACAGUGAAUCUGUCCAGAGAGCUUGAAGUGAGAGGUAUAACUCUUCAGGUAGAGGGUACCUUGGGGAAGGUGGAAGUCCUUACGAUAGGGAGCAAUGGGAAGGUUAUUAUAAGGGAGCCCUGGGAUGCCGAGAUCUUGAAGAGAACCAACAUAACAUUUGACCAGGUGACAAUUCGAGGCAGUGGGAAAAUGGAGGUCACUGGUGGACCCAAGGGGAUUGAUUUGAUAGGAAACUCUUUACUGAUAGAGAGUGGAGGAGAGUUGGUCACAGACAACAUGCAUAUUCAAGUACAGAACCUGACCAUCAAGCAGAUGGGCUAUAUAAAGGCUACUGCACCUGACAUGACAAUUACCUAUGCCAGUGGACUAUCCAAUGGCCAAAAUGGAGCUGGUGCUGGACAUGGUGGACAAGGUGGACAUAGCACUGGACAGAGGAAUGGAGGCAUGUUUUAUGGAGACAUGAAAUACCCUGAUCACUUUGGUAGCCAGGCCUACUACAGGGGGUAUAAAGUCCAUGGUGGUGGGAAGAUUAGACUGUCUGUGGAAGAGACCUGUAUCAAUGAUGGUAUUAUCCAAAGCAAUGGCCAGAGUGGUUUCAGUGGGAUAGGUGGCGCUAGUGGAGGCAGCAUCUGGAUUUCUACAAAUACACUCCAUGGAAAUGGUCUUGUACAGGCUAAUGGUGGAAAAGGCAGUACCACAAAUGGCGGAGGUGGAAGUGGAGGAAGAAUAGCAGUCUACUACAACACCAGCAGUUUCUCAGGACAGUACCAGGCAUAUGGUGGUGCUGGUGGUGCUGAGUCAGGUGCCGCUGGGACAGUCUAUGAAGAGAGAAUUUCAGAUCAGCUGCCUUUUAGGCGCCUUUGGGUGGACAACAAUGGGCAGGUGCCUAAUUCAGACUACAUCAAGGACUAUGACAUAGUCCACUUGGCUGAUAGUGGAAGAACCUGGAUUACCCAAGUAGUAGACGACAACCAAACCCUGUCUUAUAAAUUUGAUGAAGUGGUCUUAAGAGGUGGUGCCCACCUGGCACUGGACACACCAAAUGACCUGUCCAGAGAGUUUGUAGAACAUUUAGAAAUUGCCAAACUGACCGGGCAUGACCAUAACACACCAGAUAAGUUUGGCACCUUGCUAGUUGGAGUUGGUCAGUCAGUGACCAUUCAUAAGACCAGUUACUAUCUCCCAUUCCACCUGUAUGUCCACCAUACUGGAAGCAUCACCUUGCCUCAUAGGGUGAUGUUUUACAAGACCGACAGUGUCAUCAAUGGAACUUUCAGUGGAAUGAAAAAUCUGUCAAUCUCCUCUGCCAGCCUCACUCUGGGCCGCGUGGCCAGGUCUCAGUCGUCUGUGACACCAGGAGUGUUUGAGUUCGAGAGGAUGGUUAUUAUGGGAGGUGGCAGCCUGGACGUCAUGGUGGACACAUAUAACAGAGAUACCAGGAUACAGACUAUGUCGCUGGAUGUCAUGGCUGGUGGAAGAUUCAGUGGACAGAGUAUCAAUGUCACUGCAGUGAAUAUCACUGUAGCCUCUGGUGCAAGCAUUGUCACUGAUUAUAGGGGGUAUAGCCCUGAUAGAGGGCCAGGUGCUGGUUAUUAUGGCAAUGGUGGCUGUCAUGCUGGCCAAGGCGGGCGUGGCUAUGGACAACAUGGACACUGUGGCUCAUAUGGAACAUUCCAGCAACCCUCUGAGGACCUGCUGGGCUCUGGUGGCAGUGGGGGGAGAGGGGGUGGUGCUGUAAUACUGAAAUGUUCUGAUCAUUUGGAAGUCAGAGGCAGCAUCUCAGCAAGAGGUGAGUCAUCCAGUGUGUCCAAUGGAGGAGGAGGGGCAGGAGGAAGUAUCUGGCUGGAGACAAACAGGGCAACUAUCACAGGAUCACUGGACACAAGUGGAGGAUGGGGCCAGGGUAAUGGCGGAGGAGGAGGUGGGGGAUAUAUUACAGUGAAGUAUUCGCUAGGGACAGCUGUACCUGCCAGCAAGGCACAUGGAGGAGGAGGAUACUGCAAUGGUGCCAGUGGGGUGGAAUACAUGGAACAGCAUGGUACGCUGACCAUGGUGGCCAAGAUAAGUGUUGACCAACCUUUCUCUACAUGUGAAGCACACACGAUUCCUGGUAUAAGACCAGACACCCUUCUUGCAAAAAUCAGUGUCUUGGAGCUUAAGGGACAAUCAAAAGUCCUUUUCACAGAACGGAGCAAAUCUGAACCAAAUCUCCAGGUUAAUUUAGGAAAGAUUGUAGCAGACAAUGGUGCUAGUUUGAUUAUUGGGUCAAAGCAGAACAUAAUGAUAGAUGGCAAUGCUGGAGGAGAUAAUUUACACUUGCCUGUAGAUGUAGUUGUCAAACAAGAAGGGCUUCUCCAAACCCCAAACAACUUAAUCAUUGAACAAGGAAGGAAGCUUACACUGUGUGGGGCAUUGUUGAAAACUCAGAACGUUCUCUUGCAGUCAGGUGGCCAGUUUGAAGCUGCAUACCCUGCAAACACAGGGACAGAUGAAUCUGAACCAGGGUACCUUCAUUUAGCAUCCUUGUCCAUUGAUUACCAGGGUGUUUUGCGUCCAACAGCUACCUGUGGUUUUGCAGACAAGAGGAAUAUCACCAUAGCUGUUUUGAAUUACAAUGUCAUUGAGGGCACCUCUAUUGAUGAAAACCAUUUUUAUGUCAGUGCAGGGCAAGAAAACACCAUCAACCCAUCCAGUGGGUCUUACCCGACCAUCAUGUGUUCUGCAGUAGAAAGUUUACAUUUGUACAGAGGACAGAGAUGCAAGCUCGCCACAGGCACUCACACCUAUAAAACAAUCAUAAUAGAAAGUGAAGCAGAGAUUCAGUUGGAGGGUGAUUCAACUGGUCAGGCAAAAACUCACCUCAAAGUUAACAGCCUAGGUAUCAAGCCAGGAGGAAAACUGACAGGCAUAGGGACCGGUUACACUCAAGGUGGCCCAGGCACUGACCCAGGCACUGGCCUAGGCACUGGUAUUGGUGGAUCUCAUGGCGGGUUUGGAUCCCAGGCUUCUAACUCUUCCUUAAUCUAUGGCUCCUUGAUACAGCCUAAUUCCUAUGGUAGCAGUGGAUAUGGCAGUGUCAGUGAGGCAGGUUUUGGUGGUGGCCAAAUUAAUAUAACAGCUGAUAGGUUGAGCAAUGAUGGUGUCAUAGAUAUGAGUGGUUCCCAUGCUCAGACAUUAAGUGGUACUGCAGGAAGCGGUGGCAGCAUCUUGGUAAGGACACAGACCUUCAGUGGUGCAGGACAGUUUGUUGCCAAAGGUGGUAAUGGUGCUGGAGGAGGAGGAGGAGGAGGAGGAGGAGGUGGAAGAAUUGCUGUCUAUGUGACUGGAGGAGAAGAUCAUUUUACUGGUACAAUGGAUGUAUCUGGAGGAGGUUCUGCAACUUCUGGCACAGUUUUCAUUGAAACAGAAAAAGCCAAGGGAGCCUACAAACAUGUGAAACUACAAGCCAGACAUGACACAGAGAGAUCAUUGCCUUUCCAAAAUGAUUUUGACAUCGACCAUGUAGACUUGCUAGAGGUCAGUGGUACAGCCAGCCUGGAAGUCUCAUCAGACAUUACCAUUGGUAUGCUCAAAGCAGAUGGGAGUGCUGUGUUGAAUGUGAAAAGUGGUGCCAGUGUCACCAUCAGUGGGCUCUAUCAUGCACAUGGAAGUACUGGGUGCUCAUUCUGGGUGGAUGAUGGAGGCGCGUUAACUCUCUCUGAGAAAAUGACAGUGUCCUCAUAUAAGCAACCUGCAAUAAAGAUGGCUGGUAGAUUGACUGCGCCUUAUUUAUACUUGUCUGACUUACAACAGCUACAAGUGCUUAACACUGGUGUCAUGGUGGUGUCCUCACUGGUGACUGGUGCUGGCGCAGUGAUCAGUAUAGCCCAAGGUGCUGUGGUCAGGAAUGACGAGCACAACUCAAGUGUAAGUGACUUGAGCAUUGACUACUUGCAGUUGGGCAGUAGAAGUUCAUUAUCCGUUGGUUGCAGCAAUUGUAGCAUACAUGCCAAUUCCUUAUUCCUUGAAGGUGGUGCAGUGGUGACAUCUUCAGCUAUGACUGCCAGGUUCAGCAUCUAUGUACAUGCACUACAUCUAGGCAAGGGAGCAAAAAUCCAUGCCAAUUCCAAGGCACCUUCGUCCACCGACUCCAGCCUUGAUGGUGCCAGUUAUGGAGGACAAGGAGGGUAUCUUAGCCAACCAGGAACCACCUAUGGUUCCCUUAAAGAACCAACUGAUUUUGGAUUAAGUAGGAGUACUGCAAGAGGAGGUGGAUACAUAUUAGUGAAUGUGACAGGAACCCUCUCUCUACAAGGCAAUAUAGAAUCCAUCGGGGGCAACGGUACCAUAUCAGGUGGAGCCACAUCAGGUGGAGCCAGUGGUGGCACCAUAUUUAUCAGUGCAGCAAUCCUGGAAGGACAUGGUAGUAUCAAGGCUAAUGGUGGAACUGGUAGAAUAGACGCAACUGGUGGAGGGAGUGGUGGACGUAUCGCCAUAAUGGCUGAACACAUGGACAACUUUGUGGGAUCCAUUACUGCCUAUGGUGGCCAUGGAAUCAGAGGUGGUGCUGCAGGAACAGUGUAUAUACAGACCAAUGAAUAUGGUAUUCCAGUUAAUAAGCUGAUGGUGAAAAACAGUCACGUAAUCACCCAAAGCAGAACCAUCAUUGAUCUGAACAGUCUGGAAUCUCGUGCUUUGAGUGAAUUCCUGGUAGCUGAAAAUGCUCAAGUGGAGAUGAAGUCCAAUAAUGCUGACAUAGAAGUAGUUAAUCUGAAUGGAGAUUUGACAGGAGUGAUGUAUGUCACCCCAGGUCAGGCGCUCACUCUCAGCAGCAAGCAAGGUAUUCUACACCCCUACAAUCUCCCAGUCAAACUACAUGUGGAUCAAGGUGGAGAAAUACUUCUGCCACCAAAACUUUUUGUGUCAGGAAAACCAUCCAGUCAGCUUCCAGACCUAAAAGUGGCUGGUGUCCUUAUUGGUGUCCAGGAUCUGAUUGUUGGUGUCAACUCACAUGUGAUGUUUGAACCUACAGGUCAGGUAGGCUUUAAGCAGCAAGGGAACACUAUAAAGUCCCAGGUGGGGGACCUCACGUUUUCCAUCAUAGAAGUGAACCCAGGGGGAACUCUGGAGCUCCAGAGCGAAAACUUAAUGAAAACUCAACUUUCAACUUUAGUCUCGAUAACGGUUCAUUAUGGAGGAACCCUGAAAUCUGGUUCUAUGGUGAUUACCACCCCUAUGUUGACCAUAGCAGGCCUGGUCAGUGCUGAUGGUCAGGGUCAUCUCAGUGGUCAAGGCCCAGGUGCUGGAGGACCCGGUGGUGCAGGAGCUAGCCAUGGUGGAUGUGGUGGAACCAGUGCCAGUGGAGCUUCACCUAUUACCUGCUCAUAUGGUUCCAUAUAUAAUGCCACAGAGUAUGGAAGUGGUGGUGGAAACGGUUCCGCAGAUGCUGGAGGAUCAGGCGGAGGUGUCAUACACAUCAUAACAGACUACCUAUGGCUGGAUGGUACCAUCAGUUCCAGUGGUUUGGCUGGGGAAGGUAGUGCUGGUGGAGGAAGUGGUGGCAGUGUAAAUGUUGAAACGAGUACCAUGACUGGCAAUGGCUAUCUUCAAGCCAUAGGAGGAAAUGGUGGGUCUAGUGGCGGUGGUGGUGGUGGUGGAGGAAGGAUGUUGCUGGCUGUGGACACACUUUACACUUUUACUGGCACCUAUGUUGUACAUGGGGGCAGCUCUUCACAAGGGCAAGCUGGUGCAUCCGGAACUUUGCUGGAAGUAGUGAAAAAUGGCUCCCUAACAACAACCAAGCUUUUCCUUGACAACGGUGGUUUUAUGAAUGGUCCUGAUCAAGGCACCUUGAUACAGAGUGAAGAUUUAGAUGUGUUACUUUUUGACGAAAUCCACAUUUUGAAGGGUGCUGUGGUGAGUAUUAGGAACAACCGACCAAACAGCACCUUGUUACGGACCACUGCUCUCUUCUGUGACACUUCUGGAACAGUUGUCAUUGGGGAUGACACUGUGUUUGAGCUUGGACAAGACAAAGAAGCCAAUAUUGAGUGUAGUAUACAGAUGAGUGAUGGGGGAGAAGUCAGGUUGCCCAGCACUGUUGCACUACUUGGACCAUCCAAUGAUCUAAAAGGCAUAAUCAGCAAUGUGAGAGUUCUAGUUCUUGCUCCUGGUCAGAAAGUGACCCUGGCUCAGACCACUAGAACGGCAAUCUAUGAAGAUGGAAAUUACCCCUUCAUCACUGACCCAGGCACAUACAAGUUUGCUGCAGUUAGGCUGAAACACCAUUCUGUAAUGAAUUUGGACAGUGACGUAAAUACUGCUGCAGUUUUAAAUGUUGGAACUUUGGAUGCUGCAUAUGGGGCCACCAUUAAAGCCUCGCAACUGGAGAUCAGUGCCAAUGAAAUUAGUCUCCAUCUUGGAGCUCUGCUGGACCUGAAUGGUGGAGGAUUUGGGCCAAAUCAGGGUCCUGGAGCUGGCCAACAGCUUGAUGAAAAGACAGUAACUGGUGGAGGUUAUGGUGCCAGCGGAGGGUCCUGGCUGCCUGGAACACAUGGAGGACCAUGGUAUGGGUCAACGCGCAUGCCUGCACAGCCUGGGAGUGGAGGAGGAAACAGUUCUACAGAGCUGGGUGGGGCAGGAGGCGGCCACCUCAACGUCACUGUGCUGCUGGCGCUUUAUCUUGAUGGAACCAUAUCUGUGAAUGGUGCCUCUGGCAGUGGUGGUUCAGGUGGUGGCAGUGGUGGUGGAAUGGUGCUCAAGACACGCCAGCUCCAGGGUCAUGGUGCCAUCAAGGCUGAUGGUGGUGCUGGGAGUAGUGGUGCUGGAGAUGGUGCUGGGGGAAGAAUUGCUGCGUAUGUGGUUGGAAGGUAUACAUUUGAGGGUGAAGUGACAGCAUAUGGAGGUAGUGACAACUCGGACAUAUCUGGCAUGGUAGCUGGCCCAGGCACCAUUUACAUCCACGAAGACAUCAAACCUGUCCCAGCUCACAAAUUGUAUAUCAAGGGGAACUUCAAUACAGAAGUACUUUCUCAGACUCAAACUAUGAUUACUGGCAGCAGUACAGUUGCUUACAAUUAUGAUAUGAUCAGCAUAACAUCCCAUGCUCGAGCCAGAGCUGCAGACAAUAGAACAGACAUCAGGGUCAAGGACAUUGCUGGUGACUACACUGCGUGGUUUGAUGUGGAAGGACAGCAGACAUUGCAUCUGGAGAUUAUGGAGGGACAAAAUCACCAUAUGGUCACUGAUGUUCACUUUCAGGUGGACAGGUCAGCCAAGGUCAUCUUCCCUGAUGACUUGACUGUGGACACUAAAAUCAUAGUGGAUGGAGGAAUAGGUGUGAGGAAUAUAGAACUACAACAAAAUGGAAUCUUAGAAUUCAAAGAGAAUGGCUACACAGGGGUGCAGAAUGGUGAAACUUUUGUUAAAACUAGUACAGUUGAUGACUACUAUUUCUUGUCAAUGAUUGUGAAGAAAGGGUCUUCAUUUAUAGUUCCAGCAGGACUGAAUCUAGUGGUGGGCAACCUUGACAUCAAGAGGCAUGUGAAACUCCAAUAUGACCAUAUCAAUAUUACAGCAGAGAAAAUGAUACUCGAUAAAUCAGCCUCUCUAAGUGUACUUGGAAUGUCUGAGCUUAAUGCAACAUCUGCCACAGGAGUUUGCAAUGUUGUAGGUGGCGCUUAUGCAAGUCCUGGUGGUGUCAACUCUGGAAACGUUGCAGAUGCAGCUGUACCCUACGGCUCACUUUACACACCAGAUAAACCAGGCACAAGAGGAGGUUGCUUCGGCAGCAAGGGAGGAUCCUUUAUAAAAGUCAUCGCUAAUCAAUUGACAGUUAAUGGCGACUUCAUAGCAGAAGGUGCUGACAGUGAAACUGCUGGUGCUGGCAGUGGUGGUGGCAUAUGGCUGAACGCAAAGCAAUUUGAUGGAAUAGGUCAUCUUUCAGCUAAUGGCGGGAAUUCAGAAAAGGGAGCUGGUAGCGGUGGACGUAUAGCUGUUUACUUGCAGAAUGAGAGCAGGUACACUGGGACAAUGUCUGCUUCUGGAGGGCAAGGUAGAGGGAGCUCCGCAACUAGUUUCGGAGGUCCUGGUACAAUAUAUACCCAGCAACCCAAAGAUAACAGCACUAUCACAAGUCUAAGAAUAGACAACUCCAACAUGCAGACAGCCUUCUACCAUACUCUGGAUGAGGCUAGUCUUGAUCUUGAGUUUGAUGAAUUACACAUUUCCAAUUUUCUAUCACUUCAAAUGAAGGAUGAUGACCAGGCCAGAAGUCUCAAUAUCAAGAAGCUGAUAGGAGAUAACACUGCCCUGGUGCACAUCCGUAAUGAACAGAGAGUGAUAUUUGAAAGGCAGAUAGGAGAGAAUGAAACCAGUACAAAGACUCCUGUUAGCAUAAGGGUUGAUGAAGGUGGAGAAGCAGUGAUGGCAGAAACAACACAGAUCAUAGGCCAACGAUCUCCAGCCCUACACCUGGAUGGAAAGCUGCUCAAAGUGCUUUGA